AUGAGAAAAUCAGCCAAAAACCUUGCUUCCCAGCAAGAAAACAAAGCGGUCGAUCGAAAUGUGGUCCCCGUAAUCAACGAAUACGGAUUGAUACAGUUGAAUUUAGCGCACAAGAACAUCGAAUAUUUGAAUGACGAGUUGAUAAACUAUCGCAAACUACAAAUUUUAAUACUCGCCAACAAUCGAAUAACGGUUUUAUCAAAUAAAAUCGGUAAUUUAAAAAGAUUGAAACUACUUGAUUGUAGCAACAACAAACUUUACAUCAUCCCUGACUCCAUAGCAAACUGUACCGAUCUUGUUGAAUUGCAUUUGCAGUCAAAUCGGCUAAAUAAAAUACCGGCUAAAGUGACAUCACUUAUUCAUCUGAGAAUACUUAAAAUUGAUGAUAACUUAUUAGAAUCGUUACCGCCGAGUUUCGGUAAUUUGGGUCAACUUCGAAGACUGGAACUAUCGAAGAAUGGCUUGUACUACCUGCCAGAUAGUUUGGUGAAUUUAGAAGAAUUAACAUUCUUAGAACUGUCACAAAAUGUGUUUGUGAAUUUUCCACCUCAAAUACUCGGAUUGAAAAAGUUGGAAGUGUUGAAAAUGAGCGGAAACAAAAUCGAUUCCUUACCGGUGGACAUGAGCUACCUUAAAAAAUUGAAAAAAAUUGAUUUAUCUGUCAAUAAAUUUACGAGAUUUCCGGCGUCAUUAUGCGAUUUGAAAUGCUUGGAGCAGUUGAACCUUUCAAACAAUCAACUGACGACGCUGAGCACACGCCUGGCCAAACUAACACGUCUCAUAGAACUGAACAUUUCGAACAACGCCCUAACUCAUUUACUGGACAAUUUACCGAUUAUCGAAUAUUUGGACGUAUCGACGAAUGAUUUGCGCCAUCUUUCGGUGACGAAUAUGAAAAAUUUAAAAGUUCUACAUGUCAGUCAGAACCGGUUAGUUGAGGUUCCAGAUGGUUUUUACGAUUUGCAAGCAUUGGAGGAUGCAGAUCUGAGUAGCAAUAAAAUCAUCUACCUAUCACAAGAUAUCGGUUCUUUGAGGAGUCUUAUAUCGCUGAACUUGUCAAAUAACCGACUGAAACUGGUACCUCGCUGCCUCUACGACAUGCCGAAGUUGAAAAAUUUGGUCUUGAAAGGAAAU